CUGAAAAGAUAAGGUAGAAGAAGGAUUCAAAGGAUUACCUACCCAAUUAUUCCCAACAUUUGCCUCUCACACUUCCUUGUUCUCAAUAAACUCUGUAAUUAUUUCUAUAUAUCUCGUCACUCUUCCUUUGGAAAACUGGUUGCAAAUAAUGUGGAAUCGUCUAAGUGGUUCCUUCAAUGCAUCUGCAAAGAAGAAAACGAGAGAUGUGGUUAUGAAAAGUAAUGCUUUGCCUGUUGAAACCUCAUUCAAGCUUCCCUCUCCAUUACCAACUUGGCCGCCAGGUGAAGGGUUUGCAAGUGGAGUAAUUGAUUUAGGUGGUGGAUUACAAGUGCGGCAAAUUUCAACUUUCAACAAAAUCUGGACUGUCCAGCAAGGAGGACCUGAUGACAAGGGUGCUUCAUUCUUUGAACCCUUUCCAAUUCCAGAAGGGUUUUCGAUGCUAGGCUGUUAUGGCCAACCAAACAGUCGACAGCUUUCCGGGUGGGUUCUUGUAGGGAAGGAUUAUACAGAUGAUGCUUCGAAUGGUGCCUUGAAGAAGCCAGUUGAUUACACUCUUGUUUUGAGCAGUGAGUCCUUGAAUAUCAAAAAAGAAGGCAAUGGCUAUUUCUGGUUACCUGUGCCUCCUGAUGGGUACAGAGCAGUUGGGCUCAUCAUCACCAAUUCCCCUGAAAAGCCGUCUGCGGACAGAGUCCGAUGUGUCCGAACCGAUCUCACUGAUGAAUGCCAGACUGAGAGUUUGAUAUGGGCAUCAUCAAAUGAUUCAACUGGAACCAAUUUUUCCAGUCUUAGGCCUAGCAAUAGAGGAAAACAAGCAAUGGGAGUGAAAGUGGGCACAUUUGCUUCACAGAAUUUAGCAUCUAUUGUUUGUUUGAAGAAUAUCAAAUCCAAUCUCUCUCCCAUGCCUAAUCAAACACAAAUUAAGGCGCUAAUGCAGACAUACUCUCCAUUGAUAUACAUGCAUCCUGAUGAAAAAUACCUUCCGUCUUCAGUAACAUGGUACUUCACUAAUGGAGCAUUACUAUACAAAAAAGGUGAGGAGUCAAGCCCAGUGAAAAUUGAACCCACAGGCUCAAACCUUCCUCAAGGUGGUUCAAAUGAUGGCACAUACUGGUUGGAUCUUCCCCUUGAUAAAAAAGCCAAAGAGAGUGUCAAGAAGGGAGAUUUGCAGAGCUCACAGGUUUAUCUACAUGUCAAACCAAUGCUAGGAGGAACCUUCACAGACAUAGUUAUAUGGGUCUUCUACCCUUUCAAUGGACCUGGAAGGGCAAAAGUUAAAUUCUUCAAUGUUUCAUUAGGCAAAAUAGGACAACAUAUAGGGGAUUGGGAGCAUUUGACAUUAAGGGUCAGCAAUUUCAAUGGAGAGCUCAAGAGUAUCUACUUCUCUCAACACAGUGGAGGAACAUGGGUGGAUGCUUCUCAGCUUGAGUUUCAAACAGGUCUAUCUAUAUCAACAAAAGCUGUGGCUUAUGCAUCUUUAAAUGGGCAUGCCAUGUAUGCAAAGCCUGGUUUGGUUUUGCAAGGAGAUAAUGGAGUAGGGAUCAGAAAUGACACAGCCAAGAGUGAGAUGGUCGUUGAUACUGGGUCAAGAUACUCAUUGAUUGCUGCUGAGUAUCUGCAGGGUUCUCCAUCAGGAGCUAUUGUUGAGCCACCAUGGUUGAACUACUUAAGGAAAUGGGGUCCUAAGAUUGAUUAUAAUCUUGCCGAUGAGAUCAAGGCGGUGCAGAAACUAUUGCCUUGGAAACUGAAAUUACCAAAUGAAGUGACGGGGGAAGACGGACCUACUGGUCCCAAAGUGAAAAGGUACUGGGAUGGAGAUGAACUCUGAGAGGAGUUUCUCAGAUUGUGUGUUGAUUCUUACAGAAAAAAAACUGUCGAGUGUAAAGUAUAACAAAUAUUGUGUAAUAGUUAAAUGAAAAUAAAAUGUUAAUGUGACGCAUUCUUUUUCUGUUUUUCUGCUA